CUCGUCAUAACGUGCAGCAAGCAGAGCCGGGAGGUCGUGCACAGGCAGCAAUCGAAUUGAACACCAUAACAUCCACAAGUUAACAAUGGAAGUACAAAGCCAACCACAGAAUCCUGGCUCUGUUUCUGAAACAUGUGUAGUCAGUGACUGUGAGAGAGAAUUGCUGGAAAUUACUGACACUCAGGAAACAGGUGAUCUCAAGGAACACAAAGAUUGUGGUGGUCCAGAAGAUCAAUCAACGUGUAGUGCAUGCGGGAAAACAUUUAUUAAAUCAGAAGACAUGAAAAGGCACAUGGCGAUUCACUGUGGAAUCAAGCCUCACCAGUGCACUGUUUGUAAGAAAACAUUAUCAGGUCAUCUGCAGAAACAUAUGCUGAUUCACACUGGAGUCAAACCUUAUCAGUGUGUAGAAUGUGGGAAAGGGUUCACACAGUCAGGUAGCCUGCAGAAACACAUGAUGAUUCAUAGUGGAAUCAAGUCUCAUCAGUGCAUCGUGUGUGAGAAAACAUUUACAUUAUCAUGUCAUCUGCAGAAACAUAUGCUGAUUCACACUGGAAUCAAACCUUAUCAGUGUGUAGAAUGUGGUAAAAGGUUUAGAGGUUCAGGACAUCUGCAGGCACACAUGAGGAUUCACAGUGGAAUUAAGCCUUAUCCGUGCAUUGUGUGUGAGAAAACAUUUACACAAUCGGGUCAGCUGCAGUCACACAUGAGCAUUCACACUGGAAUCAAAACUUAUCAGUGUGUUGAAUGUGGGAAGGAAUUUACACGAUCAAAUUACCUGCAGAUACACAUGAGGAUUCACAGUGGAGUCAAGCCUAAUCAGUGUAAUAUAUGUGAGAAAACAUUUACACGAUUAAGUACUCUGAAGAAUCACAUGCCGAUUCACACUGGAAUGAGACCUCAUCAGUGUGUUGAAUGCGGGAAAGCAUUUGCACAAUCAGGUAACCUGAAGACACACAUGAUGAUUCACAGUGGAAUCAAGCCUUAUCAGUGUUUUGAAUGUGGUAAAGAAUUUUCAAGGUCAGGUCUCCUGCAGAGACACAUGUCGGUUCACACUGGAAUCAAGCCAAAUCAGUGUCCUGAAUGUGGGAAAUGGUUUACACAACCAUUUAGCUUGAAGAAACACAUGAGGAUUCACAGCGGAAUCAAGCCUUACCAAUGCAUUGUGUGUGAGAAAACAUUUACACUCUUAGGUGACCUGCAGAAACACAUGAGGAUGCACAUUGGAAUCAAGCCUUAUCAGUGUGUUGUGUGUGGUAAACGGUUUUCAGAGUCAAGUAGCCUGCAGAAUCACAUAAGGAUGCACUGUGGAAUCAAGACUCAUCAAUGCAUUGUGUGUGAGAAAACAUUUUCAGCAUCAGGAGGCCUGCAGAAACACAUGAGGAUGCACUGUGGAGUCAAGCCUUAUCAGUGUGUUGUGUGUGAUAAGUGGUUCACACACUCAAGUAGCCUGCAGAAACACAUGACCAUUCAUAGUGCUAGCAAGCCGUAUCAGUGUGAUGUGUGUGGUAAAGCGUUUACAUACUCAAAUAGCCUGAAGCGACACCUGACCAUUCAUAGUGGAAGCAAGCCUUAG